CUAAUUAGUAAUUAGUGUCCUAGCUAUAUACUCUUCUACAAAUAGCAACAAAAGAAACAUCUUCCUUGUUUUUGCUCAACCAAAACUUUGUUCAUUGAUAAUGAUCAUGGAAGAAGUAGGUGAAGACAUCUUUUAUUCUCCAGAAAAAACAGUGCAAGAGAAAGAUGAAAAGAAUAAUUUUGAGGAAAAAAGAAGGGUUGACCUUCUGAGAGCCACUCUUGAGAAGAAAGACCCAUCUUGCAAGGAGCUAGACGAUCCUGCACUGAGAAGGUUUCUUCGUGCACGUGACCUUCACGUGGAGAAAGCUUCGCAAAUGGUGACGAAAUACUUAGCCUGGAGGAGAACAUUCGUUCCAAAAGGUUCGAUUUCUGAAUCAGAGGUACCAAAUCAAAUAGCACAAAACAAGAUGUUCAUGCAAGGCAAAGACAAACAAGGGCAUCCCAUAGCAGUUCUUUUUGGUUCCAGGCAUUUUUCCAGCAAAGGAGGCUUAGAAGAAUUCAAGCGUUUGUGUUUUAUCGCACAUCGAAUGCUUUCUUCAAUGCAUUCAGAACAUUUGUUUCUCACGGUUUUUUGGUUGGAUUUUCAGGCUAUGUGGUGUUUGUUCUGGAUAAAUUGUGCCGCAGGUACAUAUACUACUUUCCAACUAUUAAGGAACAACCUUGAUGGACAGGAGAAGUUCACUAUAAUUGCGGAUCUUCAAGGAUAUGGCUAUUGCAAUAGUGAUGUUCGAGGAAGCGUAGCCGCCCUUAACAUUUUACAGGAUUACUACCCAGAGAGACUUGGGAAAGUGUACAACAUUCACGUACCUUACGUCUUCAUGACACUGUGGAAGAUCAUCUGUCCGUUUAUCGACCAAAAUACUAGGAAGAAGAUUGUAUUUGUGGAGAACAAGAGAUUGCGCGAGACUUUGCUGGAGGACAUAGAUGAGAGCCAGCUUCCAGAGAUUUACGGAGGAAAAAUGCCUCUAGUCCCUAUACACAUGGCUUAGUCGAUCAUGCAUCUCAAGAGUGUAUAUUCAAAUUCAGUUAACAAAACAAACCUUAGAAACACGGCUAAACCUGUUGCCAUAGCAUUCUGCAACAGCUCUGAAGUCAAGUCAAAUCCUACAAUAUAUGCAAGUCAAACCUGAGUAGGAGAGAGUUGUCACUGUAAUGCACGGGGUCCCAAGUCAUGUAGCUGCCAAGGAGCAGGAAGUAAAGAUCUAAUUUUUAGAUCUUUAAGAUGAAAUAGUCUGUGUUUAGAAAGAAAUGAAGCCGGCAUUUGAUUCAAUUGGAGAAAACUAUUGGCUCCUUCAAAAUCCCAAUCGAGGCUGUCAAUGGUU